GUUGAGAGACGGGGACGAUGACACGCGGCGGAUAAAAACUCAACAGCCAUGACUUGCAUUUACCCCCAACAUGGAUCUCAACAGUUCGAGAACAGCAUCUGCAGCUCUGAGCUAGACUUCAUGUCCAGUCUGGCUGUGGAUAUGAGCAGCCCACGGGACCACGCCUCCGCUCCGUCCCUGCCAAGCAUCAGCUCUCUGGUGGGCACACCAGCGGGCGACCUUGAUGCAUAUUCGUGCCAAGUCACUGCCACCCCUGCCCACGUCGCUCCUUCAUCAGGCCAGGAGACCCCCUUCAAGCUGGAUGACCUUCAGGUUUAUGGCUGCUACCCCGGGACGUUCACGCUGAGCUACCCAGAUGAGGUCUUGUCCCCUGUUGGGUCAGAUUAUUUUGGCAGCACCACUUCAACCUCUUCUCCUUCAACUCCCGGGUUCCAGAGUCAGCAGGCGUCCACCUGGGAUUUAGCCUUUGGCUCUUUCUCGCCCAGUCCAGGAUAUUGGGCAGCUGAGGAGACGUCAGUGUCACAUGCACCCUCUUUCUUCACAUUUGGAUCAGGGUCUGUGGAGGAUUUGGGUCAACCACAUUUACGAGACCAGGACCUAUUCACUUUGAACCACCCUCACCCCUCUGCACUGACCUUCAAUGCCAUGUCGAUAGAGUCAGCCCUUAGCCUGGACGGCAGCGAUCAGCUUGAUGGAGGCCUAUCACCAAAGUUAAAAAGCCUAAGUGGAAACGAGGGCUGCUGCGCUGUGUGUGGAGACAACGCCUCCUGUCAGCACUACGGGGUUCGAACCUGUGAGGGAUGCAAAGGGUUUUUCAAGCGUACAGUGCAAAAAAAUUCCAAAUAUGUUUGCCUUGCCACCAAGGACUGUCCUGUGGACAAGAGGAGGCGGAACAGAUGUCAGUUCUGCCGUUUCCAGAAGUGUCUGGCUGUAGGAAUGGUCAGGGAAGUUGUGAGAACAGACAGUCUGAAAGGACGAAGAGGUCGCCUACCUUCCAAGCCCAAAGUCGUCCAGGAGGUGACGACUACAGUGUCUCCUGUGAGCAUGAUAGCUUCACUUGUGAGGGCGCACAUUGACUCAACCCCUGACAUUGGGAAACUUGAUUAUUCCAAGUAUGAAGAGACAGAGAUUAGUCCGAACCAGAAAGAGGACGCUAGCGACAUCAAACAGUUUUAUGACCUUCUCACGGCCUCCAUGGAGAUGAUCAAGAAGUGGGCGAAGAGCAUCCCAGGUUUCUCUGAGUUCUGCACCGAGGACCAGGAACUGCUGCUGGAAUCUGCGUUUGUCGAACUCUUCAUCCUUCGUCUUGCAUAUCGGUCCAAUCCUGAAAAGGACAAGCUCAUCUUCUGCAAUGGCUCUGUGCUUCACAAAACACAGUGCGUCCGAGGCUUUGGGAACUGGAUUGACUCCAUCUUGGAGUUUUCUCAAAGUCUCCAUCGCAUGAAGCUUGACGUUUCCUCCUUCUCCUGUCUCACAGCUCUGGUCAUAAUCACCGACCGGCAUGGACUUAAGGAGCCUAAACGUGUGGAGGACUUGCAGAACCAGCUCAUCACCUGCCUUAAAGAUCACGUCUCUGGCUGCGGCUCUGACUCCUUGCGGCCCAAUUACUUGUCCAGACUUCUCGGGAAGCUGCCUGAGCUGCGAACUCUGUGCACCCAAGGCCUCCAGCGAAUCUUUUACCUUAAACUAGCAGACCUUGUUCCCCCUCCGCCACUCGUGGACAAAAUCUUCAUGGACACGCUCCCAUUCUGAGUGAAAGAUGAGAGAGGGGCGAUCUGUGACAUCAAAUCUGGAGCCAAAGAGAACAGACUGAGUGCUUCCGGUAGUUUAAAGUGAAACUGCAAGAAGCAAAGAAGAAUCCUGAGGGAUUAUGCGGCUCAUAGGGAAGAAGAACUACUUCUCAAUUAUAAAGUGAGUGAGUUAUGAAACCUUUGGAUGCGACGUGUAUUUUGAAGCAUCAAAUAAAGCUCUCACUAGUGUGAUGUGCUCUCCAGAUGGAAUUAGACCAGCUCAUGGACCAAAAGGCGACUGUUUACAUACAACGUGGUGCCAUGAAUGGAAAUAUUUCUGAAGGAGGGGAGAUGACUGCAUUUUCCAAAGAGUUACACGUUAAACUUAUAUCUGCACUUUCAUUUCAAGGAUGUAGAGUUUUCUUUUUGUGACCUGGAUGACUGUAAAUUGCAUGUAAAAUGUACGACAAAGCCAUUGUUGUGAUUAUAAUUGGUUCGAGUAUUGAAAAAAAAGCCACGCAACUGAUUUCACAGAACCAGUUUGUCAUUUAAAGACACUUUCUGAUGUUGUGAGUCCCGCACACAUCGAAUCAUCUGAAGCACGAGUCACUCAAAGCUACAGAUAGGUUUAUAUUCAAUGCCGUCACUAGCGAUUGGUGAUUUAAAAGCAAAAUAAGUAGGUUAAACCUACAGACAUUAUUGAGCUGUAUGAUUCAUGUAUCAUGAAUGGACAUUAAGCAGCUAAUGUAUCAUCCAGUUCAGUCUUAUAAACUAGUCCUGAGUGUAAAUUAUUAUGUUUUAAGGUGUUUUUGUCACAUGAACUGUAUUCCGUCUGUGGAAGGGUCAUAGAUGUUCUAUUCACUGCAGUUGAACAUUUAUUAAAUGUGGAAAUGCAUAUUUCAACUGCUCCGGUGAUCUUUGCUCAGAACAUCUUGAAACGUACGCUGAAUUCUGAAAUAGUUGGACGGUAGAUGACUGAGCUUUUUCUCAUGUUGUACAGUAUUUGGUAUGUCAGUGUACUUUGCUGAGUAUUCUGCAGAGCCAGCAGUCUGCAAGCCUGACUCAAGUGUAACAUCUUCUUUUGGCAACAGAUCAGAACAUGCAUCUGAAAAAUUUAGACCCGCUCAACUCCCUCCUAGUUAUGUUCUAGUCUCGUUUUAGAAGCCGGCAGAAUUCCCAGUACAGUCUCAUAUGACUCAGUCUGCUUCAUAUUGUAUAAUGUCACGCUCUAAAGUGUGCAUUUGUGUUGAGGCAUUAACGUAGGUCUCGUACUGCUUGAAAUGUUAUGGAGAUACAACUAUCACUAGGGCAUUAAAAUAUUAUUUAUAGAGGAUAGGUCAUAGAUUGCUGCUGUAUUAUAAGCUCAUUAAACUUUAUGAUACUCUAGAAUUUAAUGAGUUUUUAAAUUUGAUUAGGAUUCCCAUCAGCGACACUUCCUGGGGUCCACACAAAAUGUAAAAACUAGAAUGGCACAGGAAGGACAAGGUACAACAGCCCUCUUAUGAAACCACAUUUAAAUACUCUAGUAUCUAUCAUUAUUAUAGUGUCUUUACUUGAAUCUGCAUCGAUUUGCACACACUCAUAGAUAUCAGUUCUCUAAUGCCUGCAUGCAUGAUUCUUUUUCAUCAAGAUGCAUAAAGUAUUGACUCGCAAAGUCAAAAUUAAUAUCCUGCAUCCACCUUUUAAUCCAGAUCAAUGCCAAAACUCAGCUGGUUCUUUUGAGGCCCAUGUUCCAUCCUCCCAUCAAGUUUUGUGGAAUGGGAAAAAAGAAUCCUGCUGAAAAGGCAAACAAACCUGGACGAGGGCAAAAAUAUAAUCUCCUUUGUGGAAGUAAAAACUACUCAAGCUUCUGUGCACAUCACACAAAUGCAGAAGCAUCACAGUCAUCAAAUGUGUCCGCAGCAGUUUCCCACCCUAUUCACUUUUGUCCUUCCCAUGGAUUUAAAUGCACAUAUCAUUUUGGUCGCUGUUCCUAUUGCAGCGAGCAGUUGAGCAUCUUUUCGACUGAAGCUCCUGACAUCUUGUGCCUCAACAGUGAACCCUCUGUCAAGGUCACAGAUCUUUUCCACCUGUUACUGUGACAGAGUCGGAUUAAACUGGGUCUGCUCAGCAACUGUCUGCCGCAGAGCAUGAGUGAAUGAUAACCAUCAGGAGCCCUGGGCUGUUUUUUUGACCACAUUAAAAAGUUUACCAUCCCACUGUUUGGCGUCUUUGUUUUCAGGUUAUUACAUCACCAGACAAUUAUUUUUUCGAUUUGUCGUAGUAUAUAAACGUAUUGGACCCCAAAACAC